GGCUCGUUGUGCGCUGCGGACCGAUCGCCUCCCGCUGCCCGGGCCCGGCCGCCGCCGCCGCCGCAGAUUUAUUGUAAAAUGUCCAAUGGUUAUGAAGAUCACAUGGCUGAAGAUUGCAGGGAUGAUAUUGGUAGGACAAAUUUAAUUGUGAACUACCUUCCUCAGAACAUGACACAGGAUGAAUUACGGAGUCUGUUCAGCAGCAUCGGCGAAGUGGAAUCUGCAAAACUUAUUCGGGACAAAGUUGCAGGACACAGCUUAGGCUAUGGCUUCGUGAACUACGUAACUGCAAAAGAUGCUGAAAGAGCAAUAAACACACUGAAUGGCCUCAGACUUCAGUCAAAAACCAUCAAGGUUUCCUAUGCCCGCCCAAGCUCUGAAGUUAUCAAGGAUGCUAAUCUGUACAUCAGUGGCCUGCCCCGCUCCAUGACACAGAAGGAUGUAGAAGAUAUGUUCUCCCGUUUUGGGCGCAUCAUCAACUCGCGCGUGCUUGUGGAUCAAACCACAGGUUUGUCCAGAGGGGUCGCAUUUAUCCGGUUUGACAAAAGGUCAGAAGCAGAAGAGGCAAUUACAAAUUUCAAUGGUCACAAACCCCCAGGUUCCUCCGAGCCCAUUACAGUGAAGUUUGCAGCCAACCCUAACCAGAACAAAAAUGUGGCACUGUUGUCGCAGCUGUGUCAUUCACCAGCUAGACGGUUUGGAGGGCCAGUGCAUCACCAGGCACAGAGAUUCAGGUCAGCAGAGAAUCAGGAUCUGCCACCGCCCUGCUCUUGGCAGAGAGCAGCUCGUGUACCGCUUUUAAGGGGUUUGCAAAUCACCAGUGGUACACCUCAAUUUGGGAACCCCUGGUUCUCUCCUAUGGGUGUAGAUCACAUGAGUGGGCUUUCUGGUGUAAAUGUUCCAGGAAACGCAUCUUCUGGCUGGUGUAUCUUCAUCUACAACCUUGGUCAAGAUGCUGAUGAGGGAAUCCUCUGGCAGAUGUUUGGCCCCUUUGGUGCGGUUACCAAUGUGAAAGUUAUUCGAGAUUUCAACACCAACAAGUGCAAAGGUUUUGGUUUUGUGACCAUGACAAACUAUGAAGAAGCUGCAAUGGCCAUAGCAAGUCUUAAUGGCUACCGCCUGGGGGACAAAAUCUUACAGGUUUCCUUCAAAACCAACAAGUCCCACAAAUAACUUGCUCGUGCUUUUUGUAUGGAAUAGAUAAUGGAGUGACAGAAGUUGAAACAUUUUUGUUAGUGUAAAACUCAUUUUGCGCCAAUUUUCACAAGUGUUUGUCUUAGUCUAAAUGAGAAGUGAAAAGGUUUUAUAUUCUGGGAUGCAACUGACAUGUUCAAAUGUUUGAAAUCCCACAAUGUUAGACCAAUUUCAAGUUCCUUUAAGUUAUUUCAUUUAAAACAUGUUAAAAAUCCCCUGAAAUCUUAAGUAGAUUGCAUUAACUAGACCCUCUGGAUGGUGGUAAAAUUGAAGCAUGCUUUCACUUAUGAGACUAACAUUUGUUUCAUUGAAUGUUGUCUGCAAAAACUGGAAUUUUCUGAAAAAUAUCAGGCUGAAUUCAUUGAUUUUCUUUGGUUUUAUGUUGUUCUUCCUACCCAUCCCCCUGUCCUUUUGUUCUCCCUCAGUUUCAGUAGUAUGGAAGAAAAGUUGAGAAAUACUAAUGUUUUAGUUGACAGUAAAUUGUUUGAUAAAUUAAUAUUCAUUACUCUGUGUCUAGUUGAGGAUCAGGCUUUUUAAAGUCAAGGUCUUGUAAGUAGUAGCAUGCCAGCCUAACUUUAACACCAUUGAGGAGGUAAGUUGCACACUGAGCAGUGGCCAAGCUGUCCAAUUCACAGGUUUUAGAAACGUGACUUUUAAAACCCACUUUGAGAGGAAUGGACCAAAGAGUUUCAAAGAAACUCCAGGAAGAUUUCAGAGUCAAAAUGAAACUCCAAAAAAGCGAGUGUGAAUAUAUGUUGCUACUUUAUCAGACUGAAUCUCUUCUGUCCAAAUAUUUAAUGCAUGGUGCACUACUUACUGGUACAUUAUAAUGCAGCAAGAUACUUACUCAUUUUCCAAGAUCAUUGUAGUUGGAAUUCCUUUGGCAGUUCUAUUUUGUAAAGAAAAACCAGUUAUAAACAUUUGAGCAUUGUAUUUCUCGCAUCCCUUCUAAUGAGUGCUAGUUUUUCUAUUUUAAUAGGAUUUUGUUUUGACAACUAGCUUUACUUACUGAACACUCAGCAGAAAAGUACUUACAACUUGCAAGUUAGAUAUUAACCAAAAAACCCCUUUGAUUUGUAGAUUUAAAGAUUAAUCCCCCAGGUUUUCUGCAGACUGCCUUGAAACUUUGAGUUGUUCUGUUUCUGUUAAUUUUCUUUUGCUUUUUUGUGUUUUUUGUUUGUUUUUACUUUUGCAUUUAAGAACAUUAAAUUUGAUUUUGUUUUGCUCAAAUUUUGUUUUGUUUUUUAUUUUCUGUUCUUUUUUUUGCUAAGUAUUGCACAAAGUGUCCAGCUUUCAGAGUGCUGUUUAAGGAACUGUAGCUCCGCUUUAAGAGAAUUUUAAUUUACUGCUUUGACAGCUGAGUAGAAGAAAAGAGUUUUGAAACAAGCACCACAAUAAAUCUGUCACAUAGAAA